UAACUACUUUUAGCUACAAGAUCCACCUGCACAGCCGAUUAAACCGUUUCAAACUCCAUUUCUAACCUUUCAAGUAAAACUUCAAUCAAAGUCCCCUAAAACCCUUCAGAUUCAUCAAACAAAGAGAUCUUUUUUUUAACAAAAUUGCUUUUCUUCGUUUCUUAUGGUUUAGAAUUGCGCAACCAAUAUGGCAGCCGUGAAGUUGAUGUUUCCGGCGAUAAUGAUGGCUACGGUGAUCGCCGUUCGUUCAUUAGAUACAAACCACGUUUUCGAUCCAUGUUCAGAUUCAAAAGUUCGAAGGUGGGAUGGAUUUACCUUCGGAAUCGCAUUUUCUUCCAAGGAUUCCUUCUUCUCCAACCAAAUUCAGCUUUCACCCUGCGACCGCCGCCUCUCCCUCCGUGGAAACGCUACACUCGCCGUCUUCCGCCCAAAAGUUGACGAACUCACUUUCCUCACCAUUAACACCGACUUUGAUCCGGCGAAAGCUGGUGGAUAUAUGGUUGCGUUCGCCGGAAAACAGUACGCAGCAAGAUCGAUACCUACUUUAGUCGCUGAUAAAUCAAACAUCAUCACAAGUUUCACUCUUGUUCUUGAGUUGCAAGAAGGCAGGCUUAUAAACUUAUACUGGAAGAAAGUGGGGUGUAAAUCGUGUACAGAAAGAUCAGGCGUUUGCGUGAACAAUCAAGAAUGUGCUAUACCAAUCUCGAAGUGUGACAUUAAUGGCGGAUCUGUUGAUUGUAAUCUUAAGGUACAGCUAGCGUUCUCAGGUACAGAUAAAGGGUUAGGUGUUCUUAAUUCAUGGUAUGAGGUGCAAAAGCUUCGAGAAUAUUUGUUGGCUGGUUAGUAUCAAGAUAUCGAUGAUCAUGGAUAUUGGUCAGUACCAGUAGAAGCAUUUUUUUUUGGUUCGAUCAGUUCUUUAUCAAGUAUGUAGUUUUAGUUUGUGUUAUUGUAAAUGAGGUUUUCGAUUUUUAUGAGGAUUUAUACUUCUUUAUCAAGUAUGUAGUUUUAGUUUGUGUUAUUGUAAAUGAGGUUUUCGAUUUUUAUGAGGAUUUAUACUUAAUGUGCUCGA